CUCUCGUGGCACUGAAAGCUGUUGGGAGUCACAGAACGGAUGCUGAGUACGGAUGUUGAGGUUGGUACUGCACUCCUCAAGAUGUCCAGUUUUAACAGCAUGUGACUCCAGAGUGGGACUAACGACCAGGAACGGAACGAAGCCUGACCAUACAUACAUUGAAAAUUCUCACUCUCUUGGAAGAGCUCGAACUCUGGAAGCCAUGGCAAACAGAGGACCCAGUUACGGGCUGAGUAGGGAGGUUCAGGAGAAGAUAGACCAGAAGUAUACUCUGGACCUGGAGGCCAGACUGGUGGACUGGAUCAUCUUGCAGGUUGAGGGGGACAUAGAACGACCAGAGUCUGGGAGACUAAACUUCCAGAGCUGGCUCAAGGAUGGAACAAUUCUUUGCAGGCUCAUUAACAGCCUCUAUCCCCCUGGUCAAGAACCCAUAAAGAAGAUCCAAGAGACAAAGAUGGUCUUCAAGCAGAUGGAGAAGAUCUCUCAGUUCCUGCAGUCAGCUGAAGCUUAUGGGGUGAAUUCCGGGGACCUUUUCCAGACCGUGGACCUAUGGGAAGGGAAAGAUAUGGCUGCCGUGCAAGGGACCUUGUCAGCACUUGGCAGUAUGGCGCUCACAAAGGAUGAUGGUCAAUAUCGUGGUGAACCUGAUUGGUUUCAUAGGAAAGCUCAGGGAAACCGGCGGGAGUUUUCUGAGGAGCAGUUGCGUCAAGGCCGAAGUCUGAUUGGCAUGCAGAUGGGCGGAAACACGGGGGCAUCUCAGUCUGGCAUGAGGGGGUACGGCAUGCCACGCCAGAUAAUGUAAAAAUGUGAUUUGGCUCCUCUAAAUUAAUCCAAAGUUGCUCUCUCAUUAGCUCAGUGGCAGCGUGAAGUUUCCCUGAUGAUCUCGCUAUAGGGGCCCGAGAUGUAACCUUAUACUGAAAGUCUCAGAACACUAUUACAGGGCAUUACAGAUGAUGUCCUUCAAUAAGCCUUUGUAUGAGCUCACAGUGGCUCUUCUUCACUCAGUUACACGGUCUGGUGUGUCAUUUCUGUCAGAGUGGAUGUUUUUUGCAUCAGAAAGGGGUUCAAGGUUUCUGUCAACACAAUUGCGAAAUGACAGCAACUGUGCCAUUGUCUGAGAAAUGUUAUUUUGAAAAGUAAUUGUAAUGAUAGUCACGGUAGUAUUAAGGUGCAAUAUUCUUUAUUCAGGUCAUUUACAGCACCAGUAGUCUUAUUCUUUACUACACUGCGGAAUGUGAAUGCAAUGCACUACGGCCAUUUUUCUUUUUAUAUAACUAACUACCUUCGUUGCAUGAUUUCUUUAUGCACAAAGUUCAUGUUCAGUAUUGAAUGUUAAGUUUAAUAUUUGUUGAAGUACUUCAAUUAUAUGUCUUUUUUCUUGUUUAAUUUAUGUUACUUAAUGUAUCCAGAUGUAUGAGUACUGUGUGAAAUGUCUUGUAAAAAGCAUGAGUUGGCGCAAAAAGUUGGUAGAAGCGCUGCCUAUUGACGUUCACUCUAGGCUAUAAAUAAAGUUGCACACUAUAUACAAGCUCCCAGUAAAUUAUUGGGUGAAGCACCAA